UUCUUUUUAAAAAAGAUUUAUUCUUAUAUUUAUGAGUACUGUUGCUGACUUCAGACACAUCAGGAGAGGGCAUCAGAUCCCAUUACAGAUGGUUGUGAGCCACCAUGUGGUUGCUGGGAAUUGAACUCAGGACCUCUAGAAGAGCAGUCAGUGCUCUUAACCACUGAGCCAUCUCUCCAGCCUGGUAUGUAGGUUUCUUAAAAUACUGUUUGUCCCCCAUGUAAAAAUUGGACCCCUAUUAGGUACCUGAUUAUGAGAUAUAAUUAAAAAUAUUAUACAAUACAUAAUGGUUAGGUCAGUGGUUGGUUUCAGCCCUGGCUAUCCUAGAACUUGCUGUGUUGGCCUCAAACUCACAGAGAUCUUCCUUUACAGACAUCCCCUGAGUAAAGGAAUGAAAGAUGCGCAUCACUAUAUACUUCAAUGUUGGGUGGGGGCAGUUUGUGACAGGGUUUCUCUGUAUCCCUGGCUAUCCUAGAACCUGGUUUGUAGACCAGGGUGGCCCUGAACUGUGUGUGAACUGUGUGUGGUUACAAUGGAUGAAUUUUUAAAGAAUGGAUUUAAAAAUCUACAUAAAAAUUUAUAGCAAACUUAUUUUGUAUGGUACAAGUUCUUGCUUGCUCAAGGAUCUACUAAGAACUGAGCAUGAUUAGGGUUUUCUUGAGUAGGGGAAAAAGAAGAGAUAAUAUUUGUGCAGUAGUUUGACUAAGAAGAACCCCUCGAGCUCAAUAGAUUUGAAUACUUAGUUACCGGGGAGUGGAACUGUUUGAAAGUUACAGGGAUUUGGAGGUGUGGUCUUGUUGGAAUAGGUGUGGCCUUGGAGGAUCUGUGUCACUGAGGGUAGGCUUUGACUUUGAAAAGCCCAUGCCAGUUCCAAUCAAUCUUUCUGCCUGUGGAUCAAGUUGUAGCUCUGAACUGCUACUCCAGUGGCACGCUCCCACCAUGAUGAUCAUGAUUUCAGAGGUAAGCCUCUGAGAUCGUAAGCACGCAUCCAGUUAAAUGCUUUCUUUUAUAUAGGAGUUGCCUUGGUCAUGGUAUCUCUUUUUCAGCAAUAGAACAGUGACUAAAACUUUGAGAUACCUUAUAAUUAUGUUUACAAAAUGCAUGAAAUGCUGAAGAACACUGAUGCUCGUAUGUUCAGGUACUCUGUAUUAGAGUUCUCUUUGUUUUGUUAACAGGACAGAAGAAAGAGACACAAUCUCUGCCCUUAAGGGUAAUAUUAGCUAAAAGAGGGGAAAGGCUACAUAAGUACCCUUUAUGUGAGUUACUUCAAGAGCAAAAUGUAUAAAGUUGAAGGAAAACAGAUUAUAUUAAGUGAAAUGUAAUGGACAAUUGAAAAUUAAAAGCUCAUUUUUAUCAGUGGCUUUUGAAUAACAUGUCAUUCAUGUAAUACCUAUCAUGUUCCGUAAAAGAUGGUAACAUGUUUCAGAAUUCAGAAAGCAUCAGAUUAUAGUCAGAAACUCUUGGGGAAAGUGAACUAUUUUAGGUUCACCAAAAGUAUAUGUCAGUGUCAGAAACAAAUAGUUGUGCUUGAAAAUGUCAAGAGAAAAAUGAGGUGGUAGGCCAGGAAAGAAGAUGCUAGGAUAACGAGGAGACAGUCUUGCUAAGUGUAGUUGUAAAGGAUGGCCAAGGUAACAGUGACCGUGUUAUGGUAAGUAUUUGGCUGAGAAUUUCGAUAUGGACAGCAUAGCUGAGCCUCAAAUAAAAUCAAAUUUCAGCAAGAGUGUACAUGUGUGUAUGCGCAUAGAUUUUGGACUUUACUAGGUCUUGGAAUGGUUUGGGACACCUAGCAUUUAAUCACUACGUUUUAAGUUUUAAUAGGAAUGGGCAUGGUGCCUGUAAUACCAGCACUUGGACAGUGGAAGCAAGUUUUAGAAGGGCAUAUUACAAAAGGAAGAGGUGUAGACAUCCAAGACCAGUUAAGUAGUUGGUGCUAUAAUUUCGAGAAUGUACAUAAAAUAUUUUUCACAAACAGAAUUUUAAAUAUGAAAGCAGAAAUAGAAUGGGAGUGAGAACAUUUUUUAAUUUUGAUAUUCUCAUUAGCAUGUGUUGUACAGAUUAAUACAUCUUGUUGUGACAUUUUUCAUACAUGCAUAUAAAGAGCACUUUCACGAUUUCAACUUCUCCAUCGCUGUCCAUCGUAUCCCAGCUGGAUACCCUGCUGAUCCCCUUGCUUUACUCAUGUACUUAAAUAUCUUUCUUGGAUUUCUUUUCCCCCAUCUAGAUUCUACAUAUAAGAAAAAACAUGGUAUUAAUUUUUCUGAGUUUGACUUAUUUUACAUAGCAUGAUGUUCUCCAUUUCCUUCUAAAAUGUAGCUAUUGUGGAUAGUGCUGUGAUAAACAUGAAUAUCUCUCCUGUGUGCUGACUCUAAUUCCUUUGAAUGUAUACUUGGAAAGAAUAUGUUGGAAAGUAAAUUAUAUGUUAACUAUUUUUGAGUAACCUCCAUAUUGAUUUGCUGGAUUAAUUUACUUUCAUAUCAGUGGUUUACAGUAGUGUCCUUCUCCCACAUAUUGGCCAGGUUUUUAUUGUUUUCUUUGUUGUUGUUUUUCUUUAUGAUAGCCAUUCUGACUGCAUAAGAUGAAAUUUUACUAUAGAUUUGACUUCUCUUCCCAGGUGACAAAGAUGUAGUUGAAUCAAUUUAAACUUAAACCCCAUCUAGCUUAUGAAUGAAUGAGACUCGAACUAUGAUUAUUUUAUUUGAUUUUGGACAGUUACCAGGGACUAACGUUUAAUCUAAUUUUCCAACUGCUGGCCUGGUUACCUCCCUCCCAAUACUUGCUGUUUCUCCUGGCCAUGUGCUCAUGGUCACCUCCUCCCAUGGUGGCUUCCUCCUCUCUCUGCUUCAUCCUCCACCCUUUGUCCUCUGCAAACCCUAGACAGGUGACUCAAAACCCACCAACCUCUAAUCCCUCCAGUAGUUGGCUAUAGCCAUUUUUAUUUAGUCAAUAGUUUUAAAUUAAGGAGCAAGGUUUGUACAACAAAAGCUGGUAAAUGUUAGAAUUCACUCUUAGGCAACUAGACUUUGGGAACAGACAAAAACUCAACACAGAGAUGUUGACCAUUUUUUUUCCACUUACAUAUUGGCCAUUUGUGCUUCUUUGGAAACUGUUUUGUUCAUUUGCACAUUUAUCAACUGUGUGUGUGUGUGUGUGUGUGUGUGUGCGCGCGCACGCGUGUGUGUGCGCGCGUGCACAGACACACGCGCGUGUUUCUGGAUAUUAACCACCUAUUAGGUAAAUUGCUUGGGCGAGAUUUUUCCUCUUGUAUAGACUGUCUCUUUAUUCUGGUAAUGCUUUCAUUUAAAAAAAUAUUUGUCACCAGUAUUCCUGGUGAUAUUUCAGAAACCAGAAUUGGAUCCUCUGGGACUGGAAUUAGAGAUGGUAACGAGCCUUUAUGUGGGUGCUGGGAAUCGAACCUGGGUCCUCUGCAAAAGCAGCAAAUGCUGUUAACCACUGAGCUAUCUUUCCAACAUUUCCCCUUUAGAGAGGGUUUCUUUAAUUUAGGUCAGGGGUUCUCAACUUGUAGGUUGUGACCCAUUUUGAGAGUUGAGUGACCUUUUCACAGGGGUCACUUAAGAUCAUUGGAAAACAGGGGCUGGAGAGAUGGCUCAGUGGUUAAGAGCACUGACUGUUCUUCCAGAGGUCCUGAGUUCAAUUCCCAGCAACCACAUGGUGGCUCACAACCAUCUGUAAUGGGGAUCUGAUCCCCUUUUCUGGCGUGUCUGAAGACAGCUACAGUGUACUCACAUACAUGAAGUAAAUAAAUAAAAUCUUUAAAAAAAAAGAUCAUUGGAAAACACUUAGGUUAAUAUUUAUAACAGUAGCAAAAUUACAGUUCUGAAGUAACAAUUAAAAUAAUGUUAUGGUUGGGGGUCAUCACAGCAUGAGGAACUGAGUUAAAGGAGUAGAGAGGUUGAGAAGCGAUGUGACAGGUAAGCCUUGCUGUUGUGGAGCUUAGUAAACCAGGUGGCUUUGAACCUCCUCUGCCUCCUAAGAGCUGGGACUAAAGAUCUGUGUCACUGUCUGUUAUACUCAUUUCUUUUGCUGUGCACAAGCUUUUUAAUUUCAUGUAAUCCCAUUUACCAAUUCUUGCUAUUACUUCUUGAGCUAGAAAGUUGUUUCCAAUGCUUCUUUCUUGAAAUUGUUUUCUUCUAGUAGUUUCAGAUCUUAAACUAAGGUCUUUGGUACAGUAUACACAAAGUAACAGAUGGGGUCUAGUUGCAGCUUUACAUAUAUUGAUACUGUUUCUUAGUAUCAUUUAUCAAGAGUCUUCCUUUUUGCUAAUGUAUGUUUUGGCCCCAGUGUUGAGAAUCUCAUGGUGUUAAGUUAUAUAGGUUUAUAUCUGUGUCUUUUCUUCUUGUCAGUUGGCUUCUGUGUGCUUCUGUGAAGCCUGCUGUCUUUUGAUGGUCACUUUGCAGUGUAAUUUGUUGUCAUUACUUUGGUUAUUUGUAUUUCCAUAUGAGUUUUUUGAUUAAAAAAAAAAUCCUGAAGGAUUUUGUUAGAAUUUUGAUGGGGAUUGCAUUAAAUCUGUAGAUGUCUUGGUGAUCAUGGGGUCAUGGUGAGUCUUUUCAUCUUCUGUUGACUCAUUCUCUUCAUUGUUUAUACUUUUCAUCGUAGAGAUCCAGUGAAGUAUUAUUUUGUUAGUGGUGGUGCUUUGAUUUCAGGCUAUUAUGAAAGAGGUUUUUCCCUGAGUUUUCUCUCAACAUAUUCAUUAUUGAUGGAUAUGAAGUACAUUUCCCAGGUGACUACCAGUUUUAGUGUAUUGAUUUUAUAUUCUGCUAUUUUGCUAAAAGUUCUCUCAGAUCUUGAGUUUUCUGGUGAAGAAUUUGGCAUCUUUUAAGUAUAGAAACAUGUCACCUGCAAAUGUGGAUGAUUUGAUUUACCUUUUAACGUUUAUAUCAUUUUUAUUCCUUUUGGGGUGCUUUGUUUUUUUGAUUUUGAGUCUUGUUAUGUACUCCUGGCUGGCCUGGAACUCCCUACCUAGACCAAUCUUAGAUUUGAAGAGACCCACCUGUCUCUGCUUUCAGAGUGCAGGGAGAGGAGAGUCCUGGCUCAUUCGUGAUGCUUUUACUUUUCCCUAUCAAUAGCAAGUUGGCUGUAGAAUUUUUGUAAAUAACCUUAAUAUUUUGAGGUACUUUAUAUUAAUGAUGAUUAAUUAAUAGUGAUUAAUUAAUAGUGAUCUUUGUAUUACUAGUUUCUAACAGUCUUUUAUGAACAGACAUGAAUUUUUCAAAGGCCUUUUAGGUUUCUUCUAAGAUCACUGAUUUCCCCCACCCACCCAACUAUGUGUUUGUUAAUGUUACAUUUAUUGAUUUGUGUAUGUUGAACUAUUCUUACAUUCCUGAAAACAGAUUUGAUCAUAGUCUCUUAGUGUGUUUUUGUUUAGUCUGCAAAUAUUUUAAUGUGACUUGUUUGUUUGUUUGUUUGUUUGAUCAAGGAAGUUGGUUUGUAGUUGGUGGUUCUUACUGUUCUCUCAUCUCUGCUGGAAUAGUAGAUAAGCUUGUGUGCUCCUUCCCUGUCUGUUUUAUGGAGCAGAUUAAGGAGCACUGAUGUUCUUUAAGGAUCUGGUAGAGUACAGCCAUGAUUCCAUCUGGUCAUAUGAUUUUUCCUUGUUGAGAUUUUCUUUUACUACUUUUGUAAUACUGCUUGCUGUUGAUCUUUGAGGAUUUUGUUGUUUUUAAUACCUUCUUGAGUCAAUUCUGGCAAUUUAUUCUAAAAAUUUCAAAUUACUGGAACACAAGAUAUCAAAAUAUUCCUACUAAUGGUUCUCUAUAUCUCACUGGUAUUCUUUUCAAAAGCUUUUUUUGGGGGGGUCUUCCUUUUAUUAAUUCGGGUUAUCUAUUUUUGCUUAUAUAAGGGUUUGCUAAUCUUGUUUAACUUUUCAAAGAGUGAGCCUUUUGUUUUUUUUUUUUGUUUUGUUUUGUUUUGUUUUUUGUUUUGUUUUUUUUUUCGGAGCUGGGGACCGAACCCAGGGCCUUGCGCUUCCUAGGUAAGCGCUCUACCACUGAGCUAAAUCCCCAGCCCCGAGCCUUUUGUUUUUAUUGGUCCUUUUUAUUGUUACUUUAGUCUCCAUUUUAUUUCUCUUCUCCGUGAUUUUCUUUCUGAUUGUGGUUUUGUUUCUCCCAGACUAUAAUAAAUCAUUAGGUUAUUCUUUCGAGGUGUUUGGGUUUUUGAUAUAUGUACCCAUAGCUAUAAAUCUCCCCUUGACAUCACUUUGCCACAUCUCAACUGCCUUAAUGCAUUUUCAUUUUUAUUGGUUGUAGGACAUUUUUAACGCCUCUCAAUUUCUUUAAAAUUUCCAGGUUCAUUUUCUAUGUGUUUGUAUAUUUUCUUAGUUCUACUAGGUAUUGAAAGUACUUCAGUAUUUUUGUAUUUGCUAAAACUUGUUUUAUACAUCCUAAAAUGUAAUCUGUUUUGGAGAAAGUGUCCUGGACUGCCAAGAGCAGCAUGUAUUCUGUGACUCUUGGGUGGGGUGUUCGAGAGAUGCCGUGAGGUCCUUAGAACAUGGUAUAGUUUAACUCAUAGCUUUCUUUGUUGCUUUUUAUUUUUGUCUAGAUAAUCUGCCAUGAGAGAGGAGUAUUAAAGUCACAUCUUGUAAUAUGUAGACAAGUAGUGUUUGUGUGAUGAAAUUGAGUGCAAAAUUUUACAUAUUUACAGUCAUAGCUUGACAAGGAGUUGGCUAACACUCAGUGAUUAUCUUGCUUUUAAUUUUGGUUGAUAGUCUGCUUCUUAAUAUACAAGUAUAACCUAUUCCUGCUUACUCUUGGGUUCUCUGUUUGCUUGAGAUUCAUGUACUGGUAAGGUGAUUUUCUUGCACACAGUUGGCUUUUGUGUUUUAAACCAAACAUAUAUGUGUUAGGCCAACCCUGUUUAUAUGUUUUAAUUGAAAGAUAAAACCUUGCCUCUAGGGCUAUUAAAGGCAUAUACAGACUUUUCUCUUAAUCACCUUAGAGGUUUGCUGGUAUAUUGAGUUUGAGUCUUUACUUGUUCUCAUUUGUUUAUUUGUUCUCCUAGUGAAGUUUUCUUUUCUCGUGAGCAUUAGUGAUUGGCUUCCUCUUUGUGUCGUAUUGCCAGAAGUGUACACUGCGACUUGGCAGCCAUCAGUUGCUUUGCUUUAUGCUCAUUGUAGGCUUUUUUUUUUUUUUUUUAAAUUCCUCCUCCAGUUUUCAAAGGUAAUUUUGCUAGAUACAGAAAUUGUGGCAAUUACUUUCAGGAUGUGAAAUACAUUAGUGCAUUUCCUAGCCUUUAGGAUUUCUAUUGAGCAUUUUGUUAAUUUUGAUAGGUAAUAAAGAACGGAACUUCUGCCUCGAAGCUUUCAGGAUCCUUUCUUUUGAACUCUGGGCAUUAACUGUAAAAUGAUAUGGGAAGAUUUCUGGUCACUUCUGUUAGGGAUUCUAAAUGUGUCAUAUAGUUGGAUGUUUCUCUUUCUUUCGACUUUGAGAGUUUUUUGCUAUAAUUUCUCCUCUCUCCCUUUCCUUUCUUUGGGGAUAAAAUCUAGCUAUGUAGCCCAGGCUGGUGUAGAACUCACUGUGGUGAUCCUCGUGCCUCAGACUCCCAAGUGCUGGGAAUGUAGGCAUGUACCAUCACCUCAGCUUUAUAGCUUCCCUCUAUACCAACGACUUAUAUUCUUGAUAUAUUCUAAGAUCUUGGAGAUCUUAGAAGUUGUGGUGAUGAUACACUCCCUACCUGUUGCUGUCUGAAUGUAUUCCCAAUGUAUUUCAUUGAGUAUGCUCUUUGAUUUACUGAGCUUUUCAUUACGAGGGGCUCCCACACCCCAACUCCAUAUGUCUUUGCUGAAUUAUUCGGGUUGCUGAAUUUCUUGUCCAAGUCCCAAAUUGACUUUUUUAUAUUAUUUGUUUAUUUGAAUCAUGUUGAGGUCAUUGAUCAUUUUAAAAAUUAGAUUUUUAAAAAUUAGAUUUUAAAAAGCACACGCAAGCUUGUGUAGUGUUGGUACGUGCCCCCAACAUCUAGCCAUGUCCAUAGUUUUGAAUUUGGUUAUUGAAGACGUAUCCCAUUUUGGAGGGACUCUGAUGUCCUUCCUUUUUCAUGUUGUUUUGCUGCUGUGGUUGUGCAGUUACUGGGAUGUAUAUCUCUAGGUUUCUAUGUGACUGUCUUAGUGAGGAACCUUUUCUCGAAGACUCAAUUCCCAGUACUUUUCAGAGGAGAAAGCAGCAAUACCCAAGCAAACCGAAUAUAGAAAUAUAAUAAAACAUAAUUAAAGACUGCUAUAUCACUGUUAACCAUAGAAAAAGGGCAAUGUGGAAUAAGCUAUGAAAUUAAAACCAUGAAGUCAGAGUUAAUAAAAGAAUGAAAGAGAGGAAGUAAAGAAAAAAAGGCAAAAAGAGCAAGAGAUAAAAAUUUGAUUACAAAGUUUAAAAAAAAAAAAACCAAAACCCAAGGUAAACAUAUUAGAUGGGAGGAAGAAGAUGCUGGAGAGGUAACACAGAGUGAUGGAUCAGCCUAGCACUCUCUGGGGUUUAAUCUCCAGUACUGUUAAAACAGCAAUAAUACAUAAUAAAACAGAGGGAUUUGUUUUAAAAUUUAAAAAGUACUGAAAGUAGUAUAAAGAGAGAAGGUAAAAGAAAACUAGAAAAGGAUUCUUUCUAGCUUCUAUAGAGACUGCAAUCUGCCAGGUCUGGAGGGAGCAGUUAGUGGUCGUUCUCCUCUUUCUCACCGUACUGGUUGGUGCUGUGUGCAGGUCCUCCAGAUCAGCCCCUGUGGUUCAUUGCUAACGACUGGAUCUUAGUUAGAUGUUCCCUUCUGUGCUGGCUUAAACGAGCUUUGAGACCCAUGGGGCGGCUCCCAAGUUGAUGUGCCUGUGGGUGAUAAAUAUCCAAACUGAGGGAUCUCUCCAAGUGCAUGUGAGAGUGAGGGACACAGUACUGAGAUCCACUCUGGAGAGAACUUAGUUAUCCCAUCAGUCUCAGUGUACAAUGGUGACUUCUCAAGCAUGGUUAUCACUUGUUUCCUUCUAGACACUGAAACUAUUUGAGUAAAAUGAAAAUAGAAAAAAAAAUCUUGGAGUCAACCAAGAUUGUGUUAUUGAUACAGCUUUCCCAUCCUUAAAACGUAUAAAUCAUAUAAAUAUGAUUCCCAAAUUUGUGAUUAUGGAUUUGAGUUUUUAUUUAAGCUCAGAUCACUCCAACAUUUUCCUAUUUGAUAUUUCAGUCAGUUACAUUUCACUCCAGAUGCAACACAAUUUAUUAUUCCUUUGACUGACUGGUUUUAUUUUGCAUCAGAUUCUAUAACCAGACUGUAAAGCAUACAAGAAUGUACUUGGAGACUUGUUGGCAGGAAAUCUGGCCAAGCGUUUGGGGAGGUUGAGACAAGAGAAUUGCUGCAAAUUCAAGGACAAUCUGAGCCAUGCCAUCACUGGUGCAAGCUAUAUUUAAUGGUGAUCCAGAUGAAGUUCGAGCACUAAUAUUUAAGAAAGAAGAUGUUAACUUUCAGGACAAUGAGAAGAGAACUCCCUUGCAUGCUGCUGCCUAUCUUGGUGAUGCGGAAAUCAUCGAGCUGCUUAUUUUAUCUGGAAGCAGUUCAGAUACUUUUGAAGCAUUCUGCUGACGUUAAUGCUCGAGAUAAGAACUGGCAGACCCCGUUACAUAUCGCCGCUGCCAAUAAAGCUGUGAAGUGCGCCGAGUCUUUGGUCCCUCUUCUGAGCAAUGUGAACGUGUCAGACCGGGCAGGGAGAACCGCAUUACACCAUGCCGCUUUCAGUGGGCAUGGUGAGAUGGUCAAGCUACUCUUGUCCAGAGGUGCCAAUAUUAAUGCUUUUGACAAAAAAGAUAGGCGUGCGAUCCAUUGGGCAGCAUAUAUGGGUCACAUUGAAGUAGUGAAAUUACUUGUAUCUCAUGGAGCUGAAGUGACGUGUAAGGAUAAGAAGUCUUACACACCUCUUCAUGCAGCAGCCUCUAGUGGGAUGAUCAGUGUAGUCAAGUACCUUCUAGAUCUUGGAGUUGAUAUGAAUGAACCAAAUGCCUAUGGAAACACACCUCUUCACGUGGCCUGUUACAACGGACAGGAUGUUGUUGUAAAUGAGCUCAUAGACUGCGGUGCUAAUGUGAAUCAGAAGAAUGAGAGAGGGUUCACUCCUCUGCACUUUGCUGCUGCAUCAACGCAUGGAGCGCUGUGUUUAGAACUUCUGGUUGGCAAUGGGGCCGACGUCAAUAUGAAGAGUAAAGAUGGGAAGACCCCCCUACAUAUGACUGCCCUCCACGGCAGAUUCUCCAGAUCGCAAACCAUCAUCCAGAGUGGAGCUGUGAUUGACUGUGAAGAUAAGAAUGGAAACACCCCUUUGCACAUAGCAGCCCGGUAUGGCCAUGAACUGCUGAUCAACACUCUUAUCACAAGUGGUGCUGACACUGCAAAGCGUGGUAUUCAUGGAAUGUUCCCACUCCAUUUGGCAGCCUUAAGUGGUUUUUCAGAUUGCUGCAGGAAACUCCUUUCUUCAGGAUUUGACAUAGAUACCCCAGAUGAUUUUGGCAGAACCUGUCUACAUGCAGCGGCAGCUGGAGGAAAUUUGGAGUGCCUAAACCUUCUGCUGAAUACUGGUGCAGACUUCAACAAAAAGGAUAAAUUUGGAAGAUCUCCACUUCACUAUGCUGCUGCCAAUUGCAAUUACCAGUGCCUGUUUGCUCUUGUGGGGUCAGGAGCGAGUGUGAACGACCUCGAUGAAAGAGGCUGCACACCCUUGCACUAUGCAGCUACGUCAGACACAGACGGCAAGUGCCUGGAAUACUUACUAAGAAACGAUGCAAAUCCUGGGAUCCGGGACAAGCAAGGCUACAAUGCAGUUCAUUACUCAGCUGCAUAUGGUCACCGUCUGUGUCUUCAACUGAUUGCAAGUGAAACCCCUUUAGAUGUUUUAAUGGAAACCUCGGGAACAGACAUGUUGAGUGAUUCAGAUAACAGAGCGACAAUAAGCCCUUUACAUUUAGCUGCUUAUCAUGGUCACCAUCAAGCCCUGGAAGUGUUGGUACAGUCUUUGUUAGAUCUCGAUGUAAGGAAUAGUAGUGGCAGAACACCCUUAGAUCUUGCAGCAUUUAAGGGCCAUGUUGAAUGUGUGGAUGUACUCAUUAAUCAGGGAGCUUCAAUCCUCGUAAAAGAUUACGUUUUGAAGAGAACACCUAUCCAUGCAGCAGCAACAAAUGGUCAUUCAGAAUGCUUACGGUUAUUAAUAGGAAACGCAGAACCACAGAAUGCAGUAGAUAUUCAAGAUGGGAAUGGACAGACACCUCUUAUGCUGUCGGUUCUCAACGGGCACACGGACUGUGUAUACUCACUACUGAAUAAAGGAGCAAAUGUAGAUGCCAAAGAUAAGUGGGGAAGGACUGCAUUGCACAGAGGGGCAGUGACAGGCCAUGAAGAGUGUGUAGACGCGUUACUUCAACAUGGUGCUAAGUGCUUACUCCGGGACAGCAGGGGUCGGACACCCAUACACUUGUCGGCAGCCUGUGGACACAUUGGAGUUCUAGGAGCCCUUUUGCAGUCAGCAACAUCCGUGGAUGCGAAUCCAGCCAUAGUAGACAAUCAUGGGUAUACAGCACUUCACUGGGCUUGCUACAAUGGUCAUGAGACAUGUGUGGAACUACUUCUAGAACAAGAUGUUUUCCAGAAAAUAGAUGGAAAUGCUUUUAGUCCACUGCAUUGUGCCGUGAUCAAUGACAAUGAAGGAGCUGCUGAAAUGCUUAUUGAUACUCUAGGAGCUAGCAUUGUGAAUGCCCCAGACUCAAAGGGAAGGACUCCUCUCCAUGCUGCCGCCUUCACAGACCAUGUGGAGUGUUUACAGCUGCUGCUCAGCCAGAACGCUCAGGUCAAUUCUGCAGACUCUACGGGAAAAACCCCUCUCAUGAUGGCUGCAGAAAACGGACAAACCAAUACAGUUGAGAUGCUGGUUAGCAGUGCCAGUGCAGAUCUGACAUUGCAGGACAAGAGCAAAAACACCGCCCUCCACCUGGCUUGUGGCAAGGGUCAUGAAACUAGUGCCUUGUUAAUUCUGGAAAAGAUAACAGAUAGAAACCUCAUCAAUGCCACCAACGCAGCCUUGCAAACACCUCUGCAUGUUGCUGCCCGAAAUGGGCUAACAAUGGUGGUCCAGGAGCUCCUGGGGAAAGGGGCAAGUGUGCUUGCCGUCGAUGAGAACGGCUACACCCCAGCUUUGGCCUGUGCUCCCAAUAAGGAUGUGGCUGACUGCCUGGCUCUCAUUUUGGCCACCAUGAUGCCUGUCUCAUCAAAUAGCCCAUUGACAUCCCUGACAUUCAAUGCCAUUAACCGUUAUACCAACACCUCAAAAACAGUUAGCUUUGAAGCCUUGCCUAUCAUGAGGAAUGAACCCAGCUCCUACUGCAGUUUCAACAACAUUGGUGGGGAACAGGAGUACUUGUACACCGAUGUGGACGAGCUCAACGACUCUGACUCUGAGACCUACUGAAUGGCCAAGCUGCAGCUCUAGGGAAGUUCUGACACUGAAACUCCAAACCGGGCUUUUUCAGGAAAAAAGCACUUUUCUUAUCAUACACGAAUCCAACCUGAAGAAAGAUCACGCAGUGAACGAAUAGAAGAAACAUGAUGACAUUAGCAAGAAGAGUCUUAAAGGCAAGUUUUGCAAAAGGAACUUCUAGAAUCUUAAUAAUGACUUGACCAGUGGAAAACACAGUGAUGGCGAUUGCUUUGUGGGAUCCUUUAAUUGGCUUUGCAGUGCCAGAAAUUGGGACACUGCUCCCUGACCUGCUUACACGGGCAACACUGCUGUAAAGAAAGAUAAAACACUAGAUUAAAUUUUACCCAUAAAAUUACAGCGAAAUUUAAAUGCAAUAAAAGUUUGGUGUACUAGGCAUUAUGUAUUCACCAAAUUGCCAAGGACCAAAUAACGUACAGAUUUUUUUAUUAGAACUCCAUUUUGUGGAAUCAGAAAUAGAUGAAAUGAGAAAGCAAACUUCAGUGCUUCUGAAAGUGAAGCCAGACUUGGUUUGAUGUUGAUUUUUAUAAAGAAAACAUCUCAAAGUCUCCCAAUACUGUAUUGAACCAUGAAAGGAAGUGGGUGUAUUUUUACAUUUUUUUUAUAUGAAAGUUUUUAAAUUUCAGUUUUUAUAGACUUCAAAACCAGCUGACUGGAUGCAGCGUGGUUGAGAGUACUGGAGACAGAUGCAGAGGAGUUCAGGUCUGUGCCCACAUUUGAGUGGUUUAGUUUUAAAUUGAAUUAUUUUUGUUUAAGGAAUUCCAUGGAGGAAAUUUUUUAAUGAAAUUAAAAGCAGGCUGUUUCACCUCUUGUAACCCAGCAGUCCUUGGGAGAGAACUGUCUGAGCCUCUCUGUGCAUGGCACAUCUGUAUCACGUCAGUUACUUGGGGCCUCCACCUUUUGGCUGGAGCUGUUGUCGUUUAUUUUAAUCUUUCAACUUUGCAAAGCAAGAAUCAAAAUUAAAAAAAAUUUUAAAACUCUUGUUAUGAAACAUUUUUGAAAGCUGGUUUUGAAUUCUAUACAAACUGGGAUUUUAAAUGUUUUAUGUAAAAGAAAAUACUGUAAAAAUAUGUCUGCUUCCUCUCAUGAUCUAAUAUAGUACUGGAAGGUUCUCAAAUACAUCCUUUCUUUUGUUGUUGUUUGUUGUUUAUUGUUUUAAGACAGGGUGUCUCUGUGUAGCCCUGGCUGUCCUGGAACUCACUCUGUAGACCAGGCUACCCUUGAUCUCACAGAGAUUCACCUGCCUCUGCCUCCCAAGUGCUGGGAUUAAAGGCGUGCGCCACCAAUGCCCAGCUUCAGAUGUUUUCUUUAUAAAAAUCAACAUCAAACCAUUCGGUUUCAUUUUCAGAAGCACUGGCGUUUGCUUUUGAUGAUGAUUCGUAACAUAAGCAGAAUCAGGUCAUUUGGAAGGCAUUUCUCUAUUGGGCAAUAUUUAAAAUACAACAACAGGCUUUACGUUCUACUCAGAUCUAGAUAGCAAGAUUGCAGCUUCUUUCUGUCAGAGAGCUUGCCUGCCAAAUUGAAGACUGCCUUUCAGGUAAUAGAGAAGAAGCUGACAUUAGGCUGACUUUAAAUGACUUUUCUGGGUUCUUUUACUGUACCUGUCACUUUCCCAGGAACAAUGACUUCACACUGGGGGAGGGGUCUUGAUAGAGCUGGUGAAGUUCCGUACAUUGCAACAGAAUGACACCCGAUUUCAUCUUAUCCUUUUUGUAUUGUGAACUGGAACUUUACGACAUUGUAAAUUAUCAGCUGGUUUUUCUGAAUAUAAAGUGUGAAAACACAGAACAGUAUUUUGAUCUAUUUGAUAAUUUUGUGGGUUUUUGAAGAAUUACUGAGCAUGUACAUAGAAAUAGUGACUGCUUGAAUACUGUAUUUACUUGCACUCUUUCAGUACAUCAAGAUUCCUGUAUAUUUUAGAGUAUAAUAAAACACAGACGUGAGUUGUAUUUAAUGAAUAAUGUAUUUGUAUCUGUGCAUAUUACUUAAAAAUCUAUAAAGUUUCUAGGGCAUUGACUACUAGAUUUUAAGCAUUUUUCUAAAAUAUUUACAAAAUUAUAAAUAUAAUCUCCAUCUUUUCUUUAUAAUAUAAAGAAGUCAUAAUGAACCCUUCCUAAUUAAUAGUGGGAGAAGGGUGUAAAUAUGCAUUUUAAAAGACCAUAGACUACAUUUUCUAUUGUACCUUUUAAAAAAGAAAACUCAAGAGGAUUCUAAAAGUGUACCCUAUGUGUGCUUUCUCUUUCCUUUUAGGAAUUCUCUUCUGAAUUCCCUGAGGGAAUUUUCUAGAAUCUCAGAAUUGAAAGAGACCUGAGGUUCAUCCAGUCUAACCUCUUAACAAAUGCAGGAGUCCCUUCUCCAAGGUUGUCUUUCCACCUUGAACACUUCAGUGACUACCUCACGAGCAGUCCAUUCAUUGUUGAGCAGCUCUGUUAGGAAGGUCUCCUUAAUGGAGUUGAAGCCUCCCUCCCGGUAACUUCUGUCCUUGGGCCCAGCUCUGUCCUCCAAGAGAAUGUUGGAAGGGUGACUCUUCCACCCUCUGCCAUGUCUUCUCUUUCACAGGCUGUUGACUUCUUUGCUGAAGUGAUUUCCAGAUGGACAUUAGACACAUUGUCUCCACAUCUAUUGAAAUCAAAGAUGUAGCUAUAAAGUAACAGACUCGUCUUUUAAUUUAUCCUCGUAUGUAGAGACCAAGAUUUUGCAUCACUUUAAAUAAAUGAUGCCAAAACUGAAAGCCUUCAGGAGGUGGUUUGUGCUGUUACCAGCCAACUAGAAAAGCUGUUCCUUUGCCUUGUGGUAGUUUGUCUCUGGCUUGAGACAGUGGUGUGCACUGGAAGAGGGGAAUUCUGAAGUGCUAUCCCGGAAAGUGUUGACCAACACCAGUGUUUGGAAUAAAUACAGGAGCCAAGCACAGCGUCACCUGUUACUUUAUAGUUACACACACCUAGUGUGCACAGAGCACUGGACCCGGUUCUGUUGUGUUUCAUCCUUGCCCACCAGGGGAAAGCCUGUCAGCCUUUAACUUCUGCGUGAAAAGUGACAUCUGAGAGGUGUAUUACAGUAAUACCAGCUUUUGCUCAGAAAUAACUUUGGGGAAGCUAACGGUGACAGGUGACCUCGAACAGUGCCAUUUAGUCAGAGAACUCUAAAUGUAGCUGUAAAUUUGGGGUAAAUUUGGCUUCCUAUAUUGGAUCUUUUAAAUGAAAUAAAAAUUUUUAAUGCAAAAAAAAAAAAAA